ACACCCCCGCGGCAGGCAGCCCGGGGAGCCCCGGCCGGGGAGCGGGGGCCCUGCCCAGCCGGCUGCCGCACACAGAUAACCACGCGCGGGCUGCCUGCAGGGGCGGAGAUGAAAUUCCCCGGCUCCGUCCUCGUCUCCCUGCUCCUCUUCGUGGCCGAGACGGGCACCGCCCUGUACCUGGGCAGCACCUACCGCUCGGCCGGGGACCGCAUCUGGCAGGGGCUGACCCUGCUCUUCGCCCUCCUGCCCUGCGUGCUGGUGCAGCUCAACCUGGUCCUAAUCCACCGGGACCUGAGCCGGGACAGACCGCUGGUGCUGCUGCUGCACAUCCUGCAGCUGGGGCCCGUCGUCAGGUGUGUGGAAGUCUUUUAUAUUUACUUUCAUGCGGGGAGGUUUGAAGAGCCUUAUGUCAGCAUCACGAAGAAGAGGCAGAUGCCUAAAGAUGGACAUUCAGAAGAAGUGGAAAAAGAAGUAGGCCAGGCUGAAAGAAAGCUGUUUACACAUAGAUCUGCAUUCAGCAGGGCCUCUGUGAUCCAGGCUUUCCUUGGCUCUGCACCGCAGCUGACUCUUCAGCUGUAUAUAUGUGUCCUGCAACAGGAGAUCACAGCAGCUAGAAGCAUCUUCAUGGUUCUUUCUCUGCUGUCGAUUGUAUAUGGCGCAUUACGCUGCAACAUCCUGGCCAUUAAGAUUAAGUAUGAUGAUUAUGAUGUCAGCGUGAAACCUGCAGCCUACCUCUGCAUAUUCCUCUGGAGAAGCUUUGAGAUUGCCACCCGGGUUGUAGUUCUGGUUCUUUUCAGUUCUGUGCUUCAAAUCUGGGUCCUGCCUGUGGUGCUCCUGAAUUUCUUUGGCUUUUUCUUUUACCCCUGGAUUCUCUUUUGGCAAAGCAAAUCCCCUUUCCCUGAAAAUAUAGAGAAGGCUUUGAGCCGGGUGGGCACAACUAUUGUAUUGUGCCUCCUUACCUUCUUGUAUGCUGGCAUUAACAUGUUCUGCUGGUCAGCAGUGCAGCUGAAGCUGAAUGAUUCUGACUUAAUUAACAAAUCCCAGAACUGGUACCGACUGGCUGUAUAUUACAUGCUAAGGUUCAUUGAGAAUGCUUUCCUCCUUUUGCUGUGGUAUGCCUAUAGAACAGACGUCUACCUGUACGUGUGUGCCCCUUUAUUAGUCUUGCAGCUGCUGAUUGGCUAUUGCAUGGCUGUCCUCUUCAUGCUGGUGUUCUACCAAUUCUGCCACCCCUGCAAAAAGCUUUUCUCAUCCAGUAUUUCAGAAGGCUUGCUGUCUUGUUUCAAAUACCUCUGCUUUGCUUGCAAACCACCUGCGGCUGCUAUGCCUAUGGAUAAGGCAGACUUGAAAUCAUCGGAUGGUACUGAUGAUGAUGCCCAAGCCAGUUAUAAGACAAAUGAGUCUCAGAAUGGGAAUCCGCACCCGAGUGCUUCUUCCAAUGCGUGAAGUGGCUAGUAGCAAGCAGGCAUAACCGGAAAGCUACGGCACACUGACCCAAAGCACUGCAUAUCUUGAACUCUGAGCCUGGUUAAUUUUUCUGGUGGUGCAGCAGGACUGCUUGUGUGCUCUGACAUGCAAACACAGAUGGCACCCUUGACGUGUGUACACGUAUGGCCACUGCUGCUUGUGGAUUUAUAUUCUGUGGUGAUUCCACACAGAGGUUUUUCAUCUUAGGGAAUGUCUAGACUGCCCUCUAAAAUCGAAAUGAGAUACGCAAAAUCGAUUUUUAUUUCAAUUUUAUUUCAAAAUAGGCUAUUUCUACACAGCGCCAAAUUUCAAAAUAAAGCACUAUUUUGAGACAUCCCUGAUUCCUCGUGGAAUGAGGUUUACAGGGAUGCCAAAAAUUAUUUAGAAAUAACUGACACUUUCCUUGGACUGAGAUCCCCACAGGUGAGGUCUUUAAAUACAUAGCAAAAUGGGCCUGACACUGGUCUGGUUCUUUCAGAAGGUCUGAGGAAAAUGAGAAGACCUACUAAAUUUAGAGAGUGUGAUGAGAGCCGGCCACUUCAGCAUGGAAGCUGAGCCGAGUUGUGGUCUACCUAGUAAUUGUAGAUGAUCAGCUGUGGUGCAGGUGAUUCAGUUUUUAUGAUAAUGAACUUUUACACCAUGACUGCUGUGAUGCCAUCCAUAUUACAUGCCUUUGUGACAUCAGGAUCAGACUGCUGCAAGGCAUUCUAUACUAAGCUGGCUACAAUGCAACCCAAUGCCCUGCUGCUAGUGCUAGAGCGUGAUUAUUUCUGAGAAUGGGCAGAGAGCAUUAGGCUUACUUCAUAGAAUCGUAGAACUGGAAGAGACCUCAGGAGGUCAUCAAGUCUAGACCCCUGC